AUGGUGGGUGGCAAACAAAUGUCUGUGGACAUAUUUCUAAUAGAUUGGGGAGCGCCCGAGGGCCCGCCAAGGACAACACACAGCCGGUCUCCAUCUGGCGGACCCUACUUUGUGGCCAAUGAAUGGAAUGAGAUACAGUCAGCAGAACGGCGGACUAGCCUCAGUGUGCAACUGGUGGGCACUGUUUUGCUCAUCAAGGUGUUUGGAUUUGAGAAUUGGGCAGUGUCAGAUCCAGAUAUCAACAGUACUAUUACCCCUGAAUGUUUGUACAGGCCUGCCAACUUCACCCUGCAAUUUGCUGUUGCCAUUCUUGUCUACGUCUUUGUCUACGUAAUACAGUGGUUACUGCUGAGCGUGGUGUACGAGAGAUACAUCAAGGACGGGAUCCAGGAGUUUGUAGACGUUUGCUCUCUUGCCAACAUCUCCGUAUUCAUAUUAACACUAGAGAACUUUGGAUAUUACAUACACGGGAGAUCUGCUCAUGGAUUUGCUGACACAGACAUGCAGACCAUCAUGAACCAGUUGCGGAGAGAGGAAGAAGACCUGGUGGGCCAUCGUGGCUUGCUGCCGGCCUCAGACCAUCAGACGUUCCAGAUGUACAUCCCCAGCCAGCUGCGUAGCUACUACCAUCGGCUCAUGCCACCCCCACCAAUGACUAAACCCUUACCAACAGCUGUUUCAACAGCUCUUCGCUUGAAGCUAACCGGAUCAUCAUCGGCUGAUUUUGACCGCAGUGUUGUUGCCUAUCACAAUAUGAACAAGUUCCUCGCUGCUUUCCUGGAACAUGCUCUUCGAGACUUGGAUUAUGAAGUGAGAGACAAAUUAUUCGCCGAAGCACUACUCGACAUUGAGUUCUCAGAUGUACCUGGUAAAGCUGUAUUCUACAUAGACAAUGGCCACUCCUUCGACAAGGUUUUGUUCUAUGGAAACGAAUUCACUUUAUUCUCCAUGGAUUUAAUGGUCUUCUGCUUUUUCCAAGUGAUCACAGGAAAUUUCUUGCUGGCUGCAAUAGUCACUGCACUAAUUGCCAAGGCUCUAAUGGUGAUCAGACAUAUUGGAGGACGGAAAAAUCUCGCCAAAAAGACAUUGAUCGAUGAGAGAUUUCUUAUUUAGUAUAUUUAUAUACUAAUUCCUAAUUUACUACUGGAGUUCAAUGUAUUUUAGAUCACAAUGUACUGUAACAUUAAGUAGUAGGGUAGAAUAUAUUGUACACAAAUAAAAGAUUUUUAUAUUUUA